AGAUCCGCUAUGGUGUUGAAGAGAUGCGCGGCGCACCAGCGCGCAGAUGGGAACACUAACUGAUCUGUUUAUAACAAACGGUGUCGAAAACAGUUUUGGUAGCAGUAAUUUAAGUCUUUUUUGGGAGAAUGCACCGCAUCCCGGCGGGGGCUGCAGCCGCUGCUGCCCUCCUGAAAGGAGGAAGACCCAACAAGCGGAUCCUUGUUUACGACUGCCGCGAUGAAGAAGAUGUGGCGAGUAAAGUUCUGGAAACCAGGGGUUUGGACUUCCAUGGGUUCCUCCAAAUCCUCCACAAGAGUUUUGGUAUUGACGUACGAGAGACUUUUGCCCUGGUCACAACUGACAGGGUAGUUGUGGAUCAAGACAGAUUUGAUGAGCUUCAGGAUGACUGCACCCUGCACUUGUUGCAGCAUGAAGGUCAGACUCUGCCGACUGCGACAGAGAAGAACAUCAUGUUCACGCCUCAUUAUGACACCCUGAUCAAGAGUGGGACUCAUGAGUACUACUCCGAAAACCAGAAAUCUCUGCCUUAUGCUCUUGCUGAGCUGGUAGACAACUCCCUUUCAGCCACAGCUAGAAACAAAGGAUUGAGGAGGAUAGAAAUCCGACUGAUCUUUGACAAAACUCUCGGAAAACAUGGAGUUCUUGUUUUGGACAAUGGGUGUGGCAUGACAUCAGAGCAGCUGAACAACUGGGCCGUCUACAGGCUCUCCAAAUUUACUAAGCAAAGAAACAAAUUUACAAGUGAGAAAGAGGGAUAUGUGCGCCCUGAUCACAUCCACCGCAGUCUAAACAGUGAUAUAUCUUACUUUGGAGUUGGAGGAAAGCAUGCUGCAUUCUUCAUUGGGGAUUCUGUCAGGAUGAUCAGCAAACCUCGGGACUCUCCAUAUGUUCAUGAAUUGCUCUUAUCCAAAGAGGAGUUUAAGCGAAAAGAGCAAAGCAACCAGGAUGUUUUCUCUGGGACCAUCUUAAACAGAAUGCCCGGCGUCUCCUCCCACAUAACAAAGGACGAGCGCUUCCUCCAUGAUGUUAUUCAAGAGGAGUCUGAAAAACAAAGCUUCACUGUUGUCGUCAUCACAGGAAUCAUUCCAGAUCACAUUGAUCACCUGAAGGAAGACUUUGAAGAGUGGACCAGAGAGCUAGCGCACAUUUAUCACUACUACAUACAUGGCGCCAAUGGAAAUGUCUUGAGUCAACCAAGAGAUCCCUCCCAGAGAAUCGACAUUGUGGUCACGUUGCGGGAAAAGCCUCCAAAAGCUCUCUGUUCGUUGAAUCUCAGGGAGGUGAACAAUGACAUGCAGACUCUGUACAUCAACUCUGCUGCUGACACCUUCGAGUUCCAGGCCACCCCUCCAGGGGAUGACGGUUUCGUGGAGGGCGUGCUUCGGUAUCAUCCGUUCCUCUACGACAAGGAGACGUACCCCAAAGAUCCAAGUGCUUCUCACGAGUCCGAUGAUGAUGACUGUGAUGACAAUGAAAGUGAAGCAAGAGGGAAGCGAGACAUCUUUGAGUGUUUCUGGAAUGGACGGCUCGUCCCGUACACCACCGUGUCUGAGUUUGACUGGUGCUCUCGACCAAAGAAAAGUUGCGCUUUGCCCGCGGAGUGUUUCAGCCGCCUUUCGGGGGUUCUCUUCACCAAUGACAAAUUUGCCGUCAGCACCAACAAACUCAAGUUUAUGGAGUUGGAGCUGAAGCUGAGGAACAAGGAAACCAUCUUCACCCCCAUUUUUAAAGACCAGCAAAAGUUUUCAAAAAGAGGGAACAUUGAGAAGGAGUUCAUGCAGUGGCUUCAAAACUGCCAUGAAAGGUACGACAAGCAGGUGAAGUUUUUCGGCUUUACAAAGACCAUAACGCGAACUGAUGGGCCCGGCAAGCAAAACACUCCCUGGGGAGAGUUCUCUGCCAUCGAAUGGGAUGGAAAAAUCUACAGAGCUGGCCAACUUGUAAAGUCUCAGAGAAAAACGCCUACCUUGUACGGCACCGUGGUUCGAUUCCUGCUCUGUGGGGAGUAUGAUGGAGACAUCUUUGCCACCGGGGGAGAGGUGGAGUUCACUCGUGAGCCGUCUGUUCUUUAUAAUGAGAAGAAAACCAUGCCUAUUUCCAAAAUUGACAGAACCGCCAGCGAUGAAGUCAUCAAAAAGGGCAUUUCGAAAGACAAUGACAAGCUUCCAGACAAACUUAGCCUGGUGUGGCAGGAGCAAAUCCCUUGGAAAGAGGACGUCAUCGUCCCUGAGAUUCCUGCCGGGACUUCAAUCGGGCCUCUAAAAGUGGAGAUUCUGAACAGAAAGGGGGAUGUGAUUUCUCAAAUCAACACGGGUGGUCAGGGACGAGGGACGAUGAGUGUCAAGCUCCAAGUCAUCCGACACGAACCCAAACAAGAAAAGACGAUAGCCACUUUUAGCGCACCAUUUGUGAAGGCUAUAAAUGGACACUGGUUCAAAAAAAUCGGACCAUUAACCGAUCUGGGCAAAUACACAUUAGUCCUGAGCACCGUUGUAGGUGAACUGAGCUCCACUUCUCUUGGAAACAGGCUUCUUCUGAGCAGCACUCACCACUUCUCCAUCAAAGCGGCCAAAGAAGACAACUUCACUGUCUGCCAGCUGAGCCCAACCUGUCGUGUGGGAAUUCCCUUCAACAUGGUUCUGCAGAUAAAGGACUGCUACGGCCACCCUACACCUCUGUCUUCCGACACCAAGCCCGUCCUGAAAUGCAGUGGCCUUGACAUAAGUUAUGAAACGGUGAGCAAAAGUGACACCAAGGUCACCAUCAAAGGGGUCGUAGUGCGAGGAAAGAUCCAGAUGCACCAGCAGGCAAAGAAUUAUGACCUUCAGGUGACCCUGCCAGGUCUGACCACACCCAAACAGACCGAACAAAUUGGCCUUCUCCCAGGCGCUCCGCAUUCUCUGCACGUGAAGGAAGAGACAGUGGCAGUGGAGAAUGGGAGCCCCGCCAUUCUUAAUGUUGAAAUUCAUGACGAGGCUGGAAACCUCACCGCCAACCCAAAACAGUUGGUCCGCUAUCAGGUUGAGGGGCUUAAACCGUUUGUGAUUGACUGCAGCAAAACAGGAGCGGGCCAGGUUGUAACGAAGCCCAUUCAGCUGAACAUAACGGGCGGAGAGCCGCAGAUGCUUCAAGUGACCUUUCAGCUUCUUCCGGAAAAAGUCCCGCCUGUCGUGAUCAGGUUGAAAGUCGUACCCAGUAGCCGAGUCGCGCAGAUGGAGGUCUACUCUCAGAACGAGUGUUUGGUUCUGAAGAACGAGGAGAAAAUCAGCUGGCCAGCAGGAGGAUUGCUGGAGAACCUGUGCUACAGGUUGUUUGAUGAGCGCGGCGUUGAGGUGCCGCUCACCGCUAAGAUCACCUCCAAGAUAAAGGUUAACUGGACACGAGACACAAAUAUUAAGGAUUUGGUUCUCGGGAAGCUGCCGGAAAUCCCGGUGCCCACUCAGCUGCAGGAGGAGCGCUUCUGUCAGGUUUCCUACCAGGAGCAGAACGUGUCUUUUUCUUUCAUCAUCGUGCCUUGUCCGAAUGAACCAUCGCGGCUAAAAGCCACUCUUCCUCAAAACACACUGAAGCUCGGUCAGGUCAUGACAGAACCCAUCUACUUGAACCUCGUGGACCAAUAUGAUAAUGAAACCAGGAGGCUCACGCCGAGCUGUGUGAAGGACAUGACUGUAGAAGCUGAGGGGCUGGAUAAAUCCAAAAUCUCCUUCGCAUGGCAGCAAAGCAGAAGUUCUGUUGCGGUCACUGGUGUUCGUUUCCACUCGGGCCCGCUGGGCCCCAGGGAGCUCUGCUUCCACUACAGCAGCUUUGAGGAGCGGGUCAUCAUCAAAAUGACAGCUGGGGACCCUGCAGAGCUUAAACUCAUCAGCGGACCAGAGCAGCCGUUGCAGGUGUUAAAAGGCCAGGGCAUCCCCACCCCAUUCCUCCUGCAGUUGUGUGAUGAGUGGGGAAACCCUUCACCAGAUCAGAGAGUGGUGGUAGAAAUAGCAUCUUCACGACAAUCACUGAAGCUGACAAUUCCAGUCUUGUCCCAGCCCGUGGAUGCAGAAGGGAAAGCCAUAUUCUAUGUUAAUGCCAUCAACGGUGCAAAGGGGUACCAUCAGUUGAAUUUUAAAGGUUCCUUCAACAACAAACCCAUCAAAGCUCCCUCAGUUUCCCUCACUGUUAUUCCUGAUCCGAACAAACCUGUGAAACUGUCAGUGGAGUACAACAAAAAGGCCAAGCUUUUCGCAGGAGGCACCUUCCCCGUUUUCUCAGUGACUGUAGUGUCCGACGAGGGAAGUCCAAUAACCGACAUCAACCCAGUGGACUUUUCCAUGCUGCUGUGGAAGGGAGAGUCACCCACUCCUCCAAAAACGGUCACCACGUUGAAGUGCAGCAAACCAGUGGUAAAUGGAAAGAACGAUUGUUAUUAUUUCAGAGAAAAGUCCAUCCCAGAGCAGAUCGGACCACACACCAUUCAGUUCACCCUGCAAAACGACAAAAAAGAAGUUCUGCUUGUCAAUCAGAUCCGGAUAAUCGUUGUCCCCAAUCAUCCUGUCAAACUGGCCCCCACCUCCCCCCUCAACACUCCAUCUGUUUCCUACAGCGUCGACGUGGCCAGCAGAACUUUGGUGGAGAACGUCACUCUGGUUAUUAUGGAUAAGUUUGGAAACCCUGCAGGACAGAACCUUAAGGGGAAGGUGACCGUCUCCAUAAGCUGUCCCGAUCUGGAGGGUAGCAGGAAUCUUCCUCUGUUUGAGGGGAAAGCCAAGAGCGUUGACUUUACUUUAGAAGAAGGAAAAGCCCACAUCUCCAGGUUGGCCCUCAUGGAGAAGAGUCCCGGUGAGAACGGCAGCACCUACGUCCUGAUCUUCCAUCCACACGUUUCCACACCUCUGGAUCCUUUUCAGCUCAACUUCCAUUUCUACAACGAUGUUGAAAACCAGCGAAAUAUGUCAGAACUGACCAAGAAGAAAGAAAAUCUCACAGCAGCCAUUAUUCAGUUUGAUCAAACAAAUGAAACAUUUCGCAAACUCCAGAAUUUAUAUGGACAACAAUCCAAAAAUGCAAACAAUAAAGUGACAGCCCUUAGAAAUGACAUGAGCAGACGGGGCCUGAAAAUCCUCCCAUCUGUAUCUAUCGCAAGUAUUGAGCAGAUGAUUAGUGAGAAAACCGCUGAAGCUGCACAGUUUGAGAGAGCACCAAGGAGAGUUUGCUCCAUCCCAAACAACUUCAGCGGGCCAGAUGUUCUGGGAGUGGUUGGACAUUUGGCACUAAUCGAGGACGAUGAGGCUGCAAGAGUCAUUUCCUGGCAUCUCCGAGGGGACAUGGACUGCGUCAUCACCAGAACAACAGAAGCAGCCAGAAGCAUCUACGCCGACACUCAUGGCAAUCAGCAAGUCAUGCCCCUGGACAGCAUUUCAAAUUAUACAGCAGAACGACCGCUGCCACACACAAAAAACGGCCGCGCGCUCUUUGCUCCGGCCGGGAAUCCGGUUUAUGCCCGCCACUUGCUGAUUUGCCCCAAGGAAAAGCAGAUCUGUGACACUGUGUUUAAAAACCUCCUUGGGGAAACCAUUGUGAUGGACGACCUGAACUCUGCCACCAACUACAGGAGGGAGGUGUUGAGGAACCAGGCGUUUUGCCCCACCAUACUAACCAGAGAUGGGAACCGGGUCAGCGCCAAAGGCAAGUUUGGAGGCUCCCAGAACAAAGCGCCUAGGAUUGAGGGGCUGCAGGUCUUCUCAGCGCCUUUCCCUAAACGUUACUACGCUCUGAAGGAGGAAACAGACAUGCUGCUCGAGUACUUUGCUGCCUUAACGAAAAAGGAAAAAGCCGAAGAGGAACAGAGGAAUCACUUAAAGACUUUGGAAUCGCCAGAAAUGAUGCAGAAGCAGGAACAAGUCACCCAGAUGAAGAUGCAACUUCAGGAGAUUGAAAAGCAACUUGCAUCAGUAAGACCACAGAAGAGGCCAUCCAGAUGUUCUGCUGAGCCCUCCAAUGUUUCAAAAAGACAAAGAGGAAAUUUCUUCUCCUCAUAACUGACUCCUGACAAGUUUUGUUUUAAUCUUUUCAUCUUUAUUGUGUAACUCUUGAAAUUGUCGGUUGUUUUGUUUUUGCAAAAGACUUUAUCAUUCUGAAUGUAACAAAAAGAAAAUAAAUUGUUUUAUUAAAAG